UUCGUCUGCCCGUGGCAGCCACACUAAUUUGGCUCUGCUUUUCGUUUCCACUUCCGUUUUCUUUUCUUUUCGUGUUUCUACGCCAGCAAGAUGAAAAUUGGCUUGUGCGCAUUCAGCGGGUACAAAAUCUACCCCGGUCAUGGCAAGACCAUGGUCAAGAUCGAUGGCAAGUCGUUCACCUUCCUGGACAAGAAGUGCGAGCGCUCCUACCUGAUGAAGCGCAAUCCCCGCAAGGUUACGUGGACCGUGCUGUACCGCCGGAAGCACCGCAAGGGAAUCGAGGAGGAGGCCUCCAAGAAGCGCACCCGCCGCACCCAGAAGUUCCAGCGUGCCAUCGUCGGCGCCUCGCUGGCCGAGAUCCUGGCCAAGCGUAACAUGAAGCCGGAGGUGCGCAAGGCGCAGCGCGACCAGGCCAUCAAGGUGGCCAAGGAGCAGAAGCGUGCCGUCAAGGCCGCCAAGAAGGCUGCUGCCCCCGCUCCCGCCAAGAAGUCGGCUCCCAAGCAGAAGGCCGCCAAGGUCACGCAGAAGGCUGCUCCCCGCGUCGGAGGCAAGCGGUAAACACCUGUCGCCGGUAGUGAUGUGCUAAAGUUAGUCCAGGAUUUAAGGAACCACUCGUGAAUUGAAAAUUAAACAAACGCCGCGAAUGCGAAUUCGUGGUGACAAAAAAAAA